CGCGACUUGGCUCCUACGGAGCGAGUCGGCUUUGAUACGCUGGCGGAUCAAUAUGUCAACCGUCAGCAACAGCUCGGCUUUCGUUUCAACCUGCUUUGCGUUGGUGAAACGGCCAUCGGCAAGGCCAGCUUGCUCGACUCCCUCUUUGACCAAGCAUUCAAGCUGCCGUCGCACGACCACCAAGAGCCCAACGUGAGUGUGGAAACGACCGAGACGAAGGUGGAAGAGGGUGGCACUGAGAUCUUGUUGCGUCUGUCCACCACCGUGGGCUACGGCGAUCAAAUCUCCCGCGCCGCUACCAUCGAACCCAUUGUGGAAUUUCUCGACAAGCAAUUUGAAGCACAUUUCCAGGAGGAAAUCAAGACGCAGCGCGACCUGGCUCAGCAUGAGGAUACUCGCGUUCAUGCCUGCCUCUUUAUGCUGGCUCCAACGGGGCACACACUCAAGUCCUUGGACUUGGAGGUACUCCGUGCUUUGCACGAGAAGGUCAAUGUGAUCCCGGUCAUUGCCAAGGCAGAUACCCUCAGCCCCGAUGAGCUCGCAAAUUUCAAGCACACGCUGCGUCAAGAAUUCCAGGCCAACAACAUUCGUACCUUUGACUUUGACAUCGGAAGCCAGGUGAGCAGCGCCCUGGCGGUGCCUCUGGGCGUGGUGGGUAGCAAAGACGUGGUGACCGUGGGCGGCAUUUCAUCACGCGUGCGCCAAUAUCCAUGGGGUGUGGUUGAAGUGGAGAACGAGCAACAUUCAGACUUUAUGAAGCUGCGCCGCCUGCUCUUCCAAACAUGCAUGGAGACGUUGCGUCACAAAACCCACAUGGUGCACUACGAGAAGUACCGUCACGACAAGCUAGGCGCCCUCGGUCUGGGUGGUAGUGCGGGCGAUGACGAAAAUCAACCUUCCACGUGCGUGGGUCGGUGGUGGCCAACCUCGACUGGAUGCUGGUGGCCUGUUCCCUGCUUAGUUCAUGGGCUUUUCAUGCUUGCGUCUGGUAGGAUUGCGGAUGCCGUCAUUGCUGCCAAGAAGCAAAUGGAGGCCGAGCUCAAGUUGUUGGAACAAAGCAAGAUGGAUCGCCUCAAGAGUGAGGUACGCCUGGGACCCUGCUGA